AUGGAGAGUUAUGCCAUCUACGUGUACAAGGAGAUAAAGCAGGACCACCCCGACAUCGGCAUCUCCUCCAAGGCCAUGAGCAUCAUGAAACUCCAUCGUCAAUGA